CGACCCUUAGUCAGACUACUGCAAAAAGACGAACCAUGGGAGUGGGGACAGGAACAGGAAGCCGCAGAAAAAGAAUUAAAACGACAGAUCACAGAGGCAUCCUGCCUAGCAUACCCAGAGAAAGGGAAAGAAUACUACCUGGAGACCGCAUACUCAGAUCAUAGUAUCAGCUCGGUACUGUACCAGAGACAGGAAGCAGAGAAACGAGUUAUUGCCUAUGCCAGCAAAGCCCUCCGGGGAGUGGAGAUGAAGUUCUCCGAGUGUGAGAAGGCGAUAUUUGGAAACAUCUGGGCCAUACAACAUUUUCGGAACUUGUUGAACGGAGAGAAGAUCAUCCUGGAAACGAAUCAUGAAUCCUUGGCAUACCUCAACAGUAAGAAGAUUCGAGAGGGCCGCGUAACCAGCAGCCGAAUAGCCAGCUGGGCACUGACACUCCAAGGCCUACCAAUCACAGUGAAAUACGCAAAAAACAAGAAAAGUCCAAUGGCCCAAGGUCUUGCCGAUUUACAUGAUUGUACCUUUGACAGCAUAGAAGCAGAGGACGAAAAGAUACCUCCGGAGGACAACAGGUACCUGCCCUUCAGGAAGGAGACAUGUGCCGACCUACCAGUGGUAUACAUCGAUGGAUGCUCCAAGAUGAAGGAGAACAAGCUUCACGCUGGGUCAGGAGUCAUUUGGGAAACUGGCCCACUCACAGGGAUUCAAGAGGGAUUUCAGCUGGGACCAAAGUCAAACCAGUAUGCAGAGUUGGUCGGGGUACACAUCGCUGUCCAAAUGGCAUCCGAUAACCAAAUACGGACCAUGGUGGUGUGCACUGAUUCCAACUACGUACAGCACAGCUUCCUGCACCACCUACCCAUAUGGAAAAAAAACGAGAUGAAGAACCAUAGGAAUAAACCAAUUCGCCAUCGAGAACUAUUCGAGGCCAUAGAUAAGAUGGUUCAGAACAAGGAUAUGAAGAUAUUUUGGAAGAAACUCAAAGGGCACUCCAAGAUACCUGGUCAAGAGAAAACUGGGAACGACCAAGCCGAUGCCAUAGCAAAAGUGGGAAGCCUGGAAGGCACCCCGUGGAAGCUAGAAGACCAAACCGACAGAGACGGACAACAAGAGUCGACGAACCAAGACAUCGCCGUGAUAAGACUGGUCACAAGAAGUGGGAAGAACCCGGCAGAAGCUGGAACCAGAGCCCAAUUGAACAGUGCCCAGCCUUCCGAAGACCUGAUCAGAAUGCAACAAGAAGACGAAACACUAAAGACACUCGCCGAUCAUAUCCAAGAUCCAGCAGGAAAACCAAUCACUACUGACAACUUGAAUGACAACAAAGAGCUCGAGAUCAUGCAUAGCCAAAUCAAAAGGUUCUCAAUGCGAAAAGGGCUACUGGUAUACACAAACGAAAAAGACGGUCGACCUAGAUGGGUAGUCCCCUCUCAAUAUCGAGAAAUAAUGUUACAACACGCCCACAAUGAACCGUGCAGCGGCCACCGAUGCGAGGUGAAUACGGGACAGAUGCUGCGACAGGUGGCCUACUGGCCAAAAAUGGGGGAAGACAUACACAAACAUGUGUCCAACUGUCUCGUGUGUUGGAAUGGCAGCCCUCCUGCUCACGCUCCUGCUAACGUACCUUGCCAAGCUAGAAGGGAGCCAAGAGCUGAUCAAGCCAGGACCAGAAUCCGGGGUGAUGCUGAGAGACUCCUCCAGCUUCCUAGUAACCGAAACGAAAAUAGUAACCCAACAAGUCUAUGUCUCCUUGGAACCUGCCUUGGUGGUAAAGAAGCACUUCGGGAAGUUACCACCCCAAGCCACCAAAGCAACCCGAAUAUGGUAUUAUGACUUCCUAAGAUAUAGUGAACAGAAUAUCGGAACGAUCCUGAAGCAAUUACAAAGAACCAUGAUACUUCCCCCCACCACUGUCAACCUAACACGUUCCAAGAGGUCUAUCGGCCUGGGAGGGGUCUUUGGAAUACUAUCCGGUUUUAGCUCCUUAAUCACACUAGGAGUAUCCAUAUCCAACGCCGUAAAGAUUGGACACCUCACGCAAGGUAUCGAGAAUUUACAGCUCGAUAUGCAUCAGAUCUAUCAGCAAAUACAACACCAACAAAAGAAUCUGGUCGAAAUGGGAUCCACCCUCCGAGACACCGUGGUUCUCGUAAACCUACAUUCUAUCAUGAUUAACUUAACAUUCCAAGAAUUGAGUUCUGCAAUCCGAGGUCUAUACGAAGAAGAGAGUAUUCGAGAGCCAAUUCAGUGGGUGAUCCAAGACUUGUUGCGUAGCAUCAGCGGCAGCAUCAGUGAUCUUAUACAAGGACAAAUUCCGUCAUAUCUGGUAACUCCUACACUGAUAAAAGAUAUGCUACAAGCAGCAUCCCCGGAAACAAUCAGUCCAACUCAAGUACAAAUUGCCUUCAACAUGGGUACAGCCACACCCAUACAUGUGGACCCCCAAACUAGACAGCUGGCAUUUUUGCUAAAUUUACCCCUGGUCAAACCCGGAAAUGUAUUUCGAUUGCGGACAGUAUUGAACGUGGGUACAUGGAAUAACGACAUUUACUCCAAGAUGGAAACUCCCUUAGUGGUGGCCUACCAGGAAGAAGGCCCCCUUAAGUACCUGGUGCCUGACCUAAACCUGUGUCAAAUAAUGAAAGAGGUUCAUUGGCUCUGCCCAGGGGAACCAUUUCUGACCAAUACAGCAGAAAUAAUGUGUGGUCUGUCAAACCUAAGCUCCAAGGAAACUUGCAAGUUUAAGCUAAGUAAACCCAAAGAAAGAACCGGAACAGUGGCCAUGAUAGCUAAUGCCCAGUGGUUGAUUAGCACCCCUCUAGACACGGCAAUUGUUUCCACCGAUCAACACUCCAUAACCAUGGAAGUUCCGAUUCCAAGCCACGUCGCACUGGUCACAAUACCAAGAGGAACAUUCGUACGCAUAGGGGACAAGGUAUUAUAUAACCUAGACAAAAGCCUACACCAAGCGGAGGUAGAAAUAGUAGACACAUUCCGAGGCCACAAGUUUGAGAUAAGCAGCACUCUGUCCAACUUGUUGAACAGUAAAGAAUUCCAUAUGGUGAAAUUAUCCCUCAGCGAAUCAGAGAUUAACAUAACAGAUCUUACUUGGGCGACCGAAGAGGCUGGAUAUCAGCGAAAUCAACAGAUGGGGAUGGGAAUCACAGGGGCAACAGGGAUGAUCAUACUAGUCCUGGCUAUUCUAACCUUAACAUACCAUGUGGCCAAAAUGAAUGCCGAACUUAAAAGACUAAUCGCAGGCACAAGCCACCUACCAUUCAAGCCCAGGAACAGGGAUAGAGCCAAGGCCUGAUGAUGCCACCCAAGAAUAACCGUAGAAACUAUCUUUUUAACGAUAUCUCCUAUAACACGUAGUCAAUAGAAUCAUUUUUCCCUCCCUUAUCGUUUUACCUUCCUUUAGAAUUUUUUUUUCUCUUUUUCUUUUUUCCUCUCUCUUGUCACAUAUAACCAUGUUAAGUUGUGACACGUACGCGCGCGUUGUAAGGAAUAGCAGCAAAACUUGAGGACAAUCGAUGGUUCAUGAUGGAAGAAGGGUAUACAUUUUUUUUAAAAAUAACCCGUGGCCAUUUGACCACUGGUCAUUUUUAAAAGGGCGGAAUGUUGUAUACUAACCCUUCUUCCAAAAUUGAGAUUAAUAAUAUUUGAUGAUAUUUUUAUAUAUUAUCUUUUUACUUGUUUUUUAAUGAAUGAAACACACCAAAGCGCAGCAAACUGCAAAACACCAGGUGUUGUUAAGUAAUGAACUGGAGGAGGGCUAGGAUGGCAGAAUUUGCAACCUUGCUUCAAGGAAAGAUAAGGCCUGAUGAACGGGCACAUGUCACCCGUGCAGGCGGCAGAGACAGUGGGAGUGUCAGCCAGACAUAGUUAAGGCAAAAAGCCCAACCAUCCUGCAUGGUUUUAAAGUAACGUCAAAAUUCGAAAUUCAACAACAGAGUAGGCUAAAUUAUCGAUCCUCGCGCUCGCUCAAAUUGGAGACCAGGCUGCGAGCUACAUCAAUGAACCAUUGCCCAUUUGCUAAUCCAAUACUGAAUGUUAAUAUUACUGAAGUCAAAACGAAUUCUAUGACCUCAGCACAUGGGCAAAUAAUAGGGCAGUGUCGACUCAAAGGCAAUGGAAGAAAGCAGAGGCGCCUUUGUCUAAAUCACAACCACAGAAAGCCAGGAAUCAUCACUGAUUGUGUGUUUAGGGAUUCCGAGCUAGUUGGAACACGUGCACAGGGGAGGGAGCUGAUUUAAACAACCCUGCACGUCUGAACGUGAGGGGGCCUUUGACCUGAAAUUAAGAAUAACACUCCCAGAGCAGAAGGUUGGAUGGCCACAGUGAGAGGAGAAUAAGAGUGGUGUAUAUCUCUCAAGGAGGCAGACCCAGCUGAACAACAAGGCUGCGGGGGUCACCAGAAGUUCGCGUUCGCCUAGUUAAGACAAAAAGCUCAAUUAUUCUGUAUUGCUAUUAAAGUAACGUUAAAGUCGGAAUUUAACAACAGGGUAGGCUAAAGUUAUUGAUAUUCACACCCACUCCAAUUAAACCAGGCCACAAGUUACGCCUACUGAACCAUCACCAUCAUUAAGUCAAUAUGAAAUGUUAUUUCCAUACUUUAAUACUUUCUAUACAACUCGACCCGAAGCAUAUGACAAUCAGAACCUUCCUAAGUCAAAAUUGAAUCGCACCCAGACAGGAGCGAAUAGUCGAUAUAAGGUUGAAGAGGGAAGGAAAUUAAGAGCACGGCGAACUGCAAACGUAAGCAAAAAGCCGGGAACGACACCAGCCCAGCAACAGCGAGUCGGGCUUCGACAGGCCAUAAAAGUAGGAAUAAUAACUCCCGGGGUCAGGGGACACAAGAAGAAGCAGGCAGACAAAAACCAGAACUGACUCCAAGGUUCAACCGCCCUCACCUACAAGGAGUGACGGAAAUUAAUGAGGCCUUGAGUUAACGGCGUCAGCUGGACGGCAACAACAACGGCGAGCAGAGAUAGGGUGGGGCAAUGA